AUGCUCAAGUUUUCAUCGCGCUUCCUCACGCUCCUCCUGGUGCUCCUCUCAAUCGGAGCCUUUGAUCUCCACUCCCUCGUAGACCAAGCUAUCAGCAGUCACGACAGAGUCAGCUCCUGGCCAGUAGCACAUGCUGCGCCUCUGUAUCCCAACGGUCAGGGUGCAGAGCUCCAGGCGCGCGCCAAGAAGCCCCGUGUGGGCAUCGUCGUCAAGAACGGCUCCGGAUUCAAGAGCGGCCGUACUGCGAUCAACUCGCUCUCCACCAGCGAGUCGUCCUCCACCACAUCCGCAUUCGAGAGCCCCGAUGGCCGGGUGGGAAUGAAGGUGCAGCUCAAGCGCCUCGAGCCGGAUUCUGCAAGUAACCCGCUUAUGCUUUAUCAGAGGCACCUCAACCGGGCAACCUCAAAGCUCGCAACCAUCCUCGGACAGACCGGCCCUUCCCCCGAGGAGCAGUGUCGUGCACUUGAACGACGCAAGGUCGCCAUCCUCGAGCGACGAGGCAUGGUGUCGGCUCUCGACGGCGAGUCGUUGCUCUCGGCCCGGGACCCACAGCGACACACCAACCCGCGCCAGGGAUACACGAAUCACGCCGAGUCCGGCGGCGAGAUGCAGCGCCGCUUCUUUGAGAACAUUAUGGACGAUCUCUUUGGCAAAACCGGAACCGAAGGCGGAGUCCAUGCCAAGUCCACCGUCAAGCAGGUUGCUGACGAGGGAUACCCAGAGAUCGACCUCACCGCAUCUGGCUCCGACAAUCUCACUGUUUCCGGUGCUCCGACUGCCGUGCAGAGUCUAGGACUCGACAUCGAGUCGAACGACAUUGGAUACGUCGCCACAAUCGAGAUCGGCAGCCAAAACCAGACGUUCCGGAUGCUGAUCGACUCUGGAUCCGCAGACACAUGGGUGCCAAGCACUGCUUGCCGUGCGUGUGGCAGCUCCCAUCAGAAGCUGGGUGCCUCGAAUUCGGAUACCUUCACCGCGCUCAGCACGCCGUUCUCCAUUCAGUACGGUACCGGCGACGCCUCGGGCAGCCUUGCGCGCGACAACCUCGAGAUCGCCAACCUCGAGCUCGCCAACUACACAUUUGCGGUGACUACGCAGGAGUCGUCCGACUUUAGCGACGACACUGUUCCCUUUGAUGGGCUCAUGGGUCUCGCAAGGAGCGAGCUGUCGAAUGCCGGACAGCCCACGCCCAUCGAUGCGCUGUACAAGCAGGGCAAGGUCCAGGCUCCCGUCAUGGGCUAUCACCUCGGCCGCAUCGCCGACGGCUACAAUGACGGCGAAGUCACCUUUGGCGGCGUCGACCCGGCCAAGUACACGGGCAACAUCACCGAGAUCGACAACGUCUCCACCAAGGGCUUCUGGGAAGCGGCCAUGGACAAGAUCACUGUUGGUGGCAAGGAUCUCGGCCUCGACGGCAGGACUGCGAUUCUCGACACCGGCACCACGCUCAUUGUGGCUCCCGAGCAGGAUGCGGAUGCGGUCCACGCCCAGAUCCCAGGCUCCAAGUCCGACGGCCAGGGCGGAUACACGAUUCCGUGCACCACCACCAAGCAGGUCGCGCUCACUUUUGGCGGCGUCGACUUCCCCAUCGACACGAGGGACAUGCUCUUCCUCCCCGUCGACGCGGACAAUCUGCUCGGCGACUGCGUCUCGGCCAUCUCUGCGGGCAAUGUAGGUCAGCGCAACGAGUGGCUCGUCGGAGCCACCUUCCUCAAGAACGCCUACUUUGCCACGAAUACGAAAGCGAACAAGAUCGGUCUGGCUCGGCUCAACACCACCGACACCUCCAUCGCCCCCAGCGCUGCAAAGGGCAAGCUGGCCUCCGCAUAA